GCGCGUAGCCGAGGCGGACACGCAACAACAUGCAUGUCUUGGUCUGUUUCUGUGAACCGAGGUGAACGGAGGCUCCGCUGCUGCUGACCGGCCGAGUGCAACAAUCAAGGUUCCCUAGAAAACCUUUCUCUGGUCUUUAGAGCAGCAACUGUCAGAUUUGCCCGCUGAACGGCACAAGUCAUGUACCAGGUGGUUCCCGGAGGAGCGGGAGGCACAAUUACAGAUGUUAUCCCCAAGCAGAAACGCAGCAAGGACACUCGACCCUUGGUCGGGGCUGGAGUAAUCGGCUUGGUGCUGGUAAUUGCAGCAGUGACUGCAUGGUGUUAUUACAUCGCUUCACUACGCAAAGCUGAGCUGCUUAAGACUCAGCUCCUGGAUCUGAAUAAAGAUGGCUACAUUAUCCGCAACCAGGGAGGGUCUAUUGUCUUUAGAAUGGAUUUCAGGUCGGGUACGCUGGAUUUGGAUUCCUGCUCCAAAGAAGGGGAGCUUCUGAGCUGCGGACGCACCACUGACAGACAACUGAACUUCUUCAUUGAGACCGUGCGACCCAAAGACACAGUGCAGUGCUACCGUGUGCGCUGGGAGGAACUGGUUCCUGACAUUCCUGUCGAGCAUGCCAUGACAUACACGUUUGCACACUGGUAUGGUGGCGCAGUGUCAGCUAUUCAACACUGGCCUAUUUCUAUUCACGGCCAACAGCCUCCCAAGCCCUUUGUCACCGGUGACAUCUACUCUAACCGCAAUGAAUUUGGCGGAAUCUUGGAAAGUUAUUGGCUUUCAUCCAACGCUACGGCCAUCAAGAUAAAUAAUUCAGUGCCCUUCCACCUGGGCUGGAAUGACACGGAGAAGACCAUGUCCUUCCAGGCGCGAUACAACGACAGUCCCUUCAAGCCAAACCCAGGAGAGGCCCCAUGCGCUGAGCUGAGCUACAGAGUGUGCGUGGGUUUGGAUGUGACGUCCAUACACAAGUACAUGGUCCGCAGGUACUUCAACAAGCCAAACAAAGUGCCAGCCAAGGUCAUGUUUCGCCAUCCGAUCUGGUCGACCUGGGCGCUCCAUAAGACGGACAUUGACCAAGAGAAAGUCUUGAUGUACGCCGCCAACAUUCGCAAAUACAAGUUCAACUGUAGCCACCUGGAGGUAGACGACCGCUACACCAGCCGCUACGGAGAAUUUGAGUUUGACCAAACCAAGUUCCCCAAUGCCUCGUCCAUGUUCCAAAGGCUGAAAUCUGAUGGAUUUCUGGUGUCGCUCUGGACUCACCCUUUUGUUAACUAUGACUCUGAAAACUUCCACACUUGCGUCGAGCGGGGGCUGUUUGUCCGGGAGCCCACAGGCCGGCUGCCGGCCAUGGUGCGCUGGUGGAAUGGCGUCGGUGCUAUUUUGGACUUCACCAAUCCAGAAGCCCGCGAUUGGUUUUCCUCCCAGCUUCGUUCGCUGCGCUCCAGGUACGGAGUGUCCUCUUUUAAAUUUGACGCGGGGGAGACCAACUACUUGCCAUGGAAAUUUAGCACCAGAACUCCCAUUCGGGACCCGAGUUUCUUCACAAGACGUUACACGGAAAUGGCGAUUCCCUACAACGACAGAGCGGAGCUGCGCAGUGGCUACCAGUCCCAGAACAUAUCCUGCUUCUUCAGACCAAUUGACAGAGACUCUGUUUGGGGCUACGAGCUGGGCCUCAAGUCUCUUAUCCCCACCGUGCUCACCAUCAGCAUUCUGGGCUAUCAGUUUAUUUUACCAGACAUGAUCGGAGGGAAUGCAUAUCUGAACCGCACAGACGGGAACGGCGUCUUACCCGAUCGAGAACUCUACAUCCGCUGGCUGGAGCUGUCGGCCUUCAUGCCGUCCAUGCAGUUCUCUAUUCCGCCAUGGGCGUACGACAACGAGGUGGUUGAAAUUGCUCGUAAAUACACAGCCCUCCACGAGAGUAUCGUUGCGCCUCGGGUCCUGGAGCUGGCCGGCGAGGUGCUGGACACCGGGGACCCAAUCAUACGGCCCCUGUGGUGGAUCGCCACAGGGGAUGAAACGGCCUAUAAAAUCGACUCCCAAUUCCUGAUUGGGGAUGACCUCAUGGUAGCCCCAGUUCUAGAGCCUGGAAAGCAAGAACGGGACAUCUACCUGCCUGCUGGCCAUUGGAGAAGCUACAAGGGGGAGAGGUUUGAUAUCAAGGAGCCGCUGCACCUCACGGACUAUCCUGUCGAUCUGGAUGAAAUUGCUUACUUUGUUUGGGUGUAGCACAGCCGAACAGACUGGAUAAGCCUCUGCUGCAAUUUGCUUGUAAGACAAGCAACACACAUUUUGCUUUUAACCUUGUAUGAAACAGUUCUUCGAAAAACCUUUUCUAAAAGAAGACUUUUUUAAAAUUAUAACUACAUAACAUCACAAAUGUGAAAUGCUCAAAUCCUCAUCUCAUUUUUGUAUUUCAUAAUAAUAAUAAUGCAUUUUAUUUGUAAAGUGCUUUUCAUUCAAAAGGAAUCUCAUCGUGCUACAGAGCCAGUAGAUAUGUUAAAAACAAACUAGAAUAGGAAAGAAAAAAGCUGGCAGGGAUUUAAAACAAUGUCAAAAACGCCUCCCUGAAUAAAAAGGUUUUUAGGCCGGUCUUAAAAGAGUCCAGUAUCUGUGUGUGUUUGUGUGUGUGUGUGUAUGUAUAUAAUGUUUCUGGUUUAUUGGAAAUGUAGCUAGUUACGGUUCAGAGUUUUUAAGGAGAGACUGUAGCUUUUGCUAACUGGCUGUAUGUGGCCACUGUGGGCAGAUGAUGAAUGUGAUAUAAUAGUAGCAUAAGCAGAAGAGUUAUACAAAGUUUCUGUGUUUAGAGUUGAACCCAUAAGCUUCUGGUCAUACCAGCAUGACAGUUUAAAAGUUACAUAGUCUCACUUUAAAGCCACGUAUAUGAAACAUUUGUCAAAAAGGGAAUAUGCAAACUGUGAAUUAGAUAAGGCAUAUUUGUCAUUGUGUGCCUUUUAAAGAGGACGUUACAUUUAAGCCAAACCGAUUGUACAGCGUCGUUAGCGCCAUUACGCCACAGAAAACUUCUCUAUUGACUUCCUUUGGAUUUCCCUUUGACACUAAUGCCUUCUCGACUCUGCUGCGAGAUGCUUUUCAGGAAGUCUGGUUUUAUGCUCCGCUUAUGGGGAUGAAGGCUUGAAGUGUAAUCAUUACAAACUGCAAGUGAUCUCAUCUGUGGAACACAGUGUCAUGUAACUCCUCUCAGUCCAGGAGAAGAGGCCUUUUAUUAGCCACUAAAUAUGUGUUGCUCCUUCUCAGGUUACAGCGUCUUCUGGUGUGUCUUGAGGUGUCUUUCUUUUUGCUUUGCUGACUCCAAAUCCUGCAAAACAACUUGUGUGUAAUACAUUGAUCACAAUAACGAAUCGAUAAUGGUCCGGUUACUUUACACUUAUUGGCAUGCAGAAUGAAAGUCUAUCGGUGCAAUGAAUUUAAUUAUCAAAUUUAAUGCUACAAUGUAUUUUGUCACCUUUUUUUUUUUUUUUUGUUAGGCGAUAUCUAAGUGCCAUGUGUUAAUAUUUAAUCCACAUAUCUAUGUAAUGUGUUACUAUGCUAUAUAUUUAAUAUUUUACGUUGAUUGUAUUGUACAUUUAUUAAGUGAUCUUUUUGUUAAUUUAACCCUUAAUGGGCUGAGUUAACAAUAAUAAUAAUAAUAAUAAUGCAUUUUAUUUGUAAAGCACUUUUCAUUCAUAAAGAAUCUCAGAGAAUCUCAGUCUCUAGUUAACCCUUCUUGUGCAAUUGUAUGGUCAACAGAUUGUUCCACAAAAUAUAAUUUAAUAUUAUGAAUAUUGCUGCACACGUCUAAAAAACAAUGCUUUCAGUGCAUCGUGUGAUUUUGCAGACGAACAGAGGAAACUCUGUAUUGAUUGUCUCCUCAAACUAAGUCACAUAUUUCAAAAGUGAAAGCAAUAAAGAAUAAAAUUGGGAAAAAUUAACAUUUUCUUCCUGUGGCUUCUGCAAUGAUAAAACUAACGUAUAUGAAAUAACGAAAAGGAAACGUCCACAUUCUUUUGGUCCAAUAUAUUCUCAUUUGUUAAUGCUUUUUUAAAUAUAUUUUUGUCUCCCGCUGCCUGUGUGGCAUGCAGUUGUGUGUGCCUUCUGACAGUUUCUUCACAACAACCUAUGUAUAGCAGUUGUCACUCAGCAUCUGGGCCGACCUCGCAGGCUAUUUCUGUCUCAGCCUGCAUAUCUCGGACUGACUCGCUUUGCUUUUGGCUCUUUUGACCCGGGGUGUGCCUCCUGUUAUUGCAACUAAACAUUGCACUAGUUUAGUUGAGUGUGCAAAUUUGAUGUUUGUUGUUUUGUAUGAAUGCAUUAAAAAGAAUCAAGUUUGUGAGC